AUGGCAGCUAGCACUCUGCUCAUGUCUGAGCAACAAUUCUCCUUGAAAUCUAGCGACGACUUUUUGGACAUCCUCCGUGCUGCACGCCCAUCAGGCCUUCUCACGUCACUUGAUGUCACCAGCCUCUUCACCAACGUCCCUACUGAAGAAACAUUAGAAAUCAUUGCCAAGCAUGUAUAUGCUCAUCCAACUUUGCCGGCUCCACCAAUACCUAAGAAAAUUCUCAUCGACCUUCGACUCUGCACUUCCGAAUCACCUUUCCGGGCUCCUGACAACAAAAUUUACCGACAAAUCAACGGCGUAGCCAUGGGCUGCCCCCUUGGUCCUACAUUUGCUGAGUACUAUAUGUGCAAAAUCAAAAAUCAAGUGCUUUCAGAUGAACAGAUCAAGCCUGAAUUGUACUGCAGGUAUGUCGAUGAUAUCUUCGUUGUGGUUCGAGAUGAAGAACAGCUGAGGAAUCUGCGACUGGCCUUUGAGAUGAAUUCUGUCUUGAAGUUUACAUACGAGCUCGGCUGA